GUUUCCCCGUGAACUAGCAUCGGAUAUCCUUGCAUCGAACCUGCCCAUAAUGGCUAUCGACUUCACCCUCUACGGCUAUGAUGACAACCCUCGAACGCGCAUCAUCAAGAUCGUAGCUGCCGCCGAAGGUAUCACGCUCAACCAAUCUCUAGUAGUUCCACGCAAGGGCAUCAAUAAAGCCGCCUAUAUGAAACUCUUCCCUUUGUCCCAAGGAAAGAUCCCGGCCCUCAAAGGUCCUGGCGUGAUGAUCACAGAGACGAUCGCUAUUGCCUAUUAUCUAUCCAAACUCAACCCCAAAUCUCAUCUUCUUGGCUCCGCUGGCACUCUGGCCCAGGAAUCCCUGGUGCUUAGCUAUGUCAGCUUUGCAAACCAGGAGUUCUUGCCAACACUUGCGCGCUGGUUCCUCCCUCUCAUCCCUGGACUCACGGACCCCGCACCGUACAAUUACGAAGCAGUUGAGGAGGGGAAGCGAGCAAGUUUAGUGCUGUUGGACAAGCUAGAAGUGGUCCUGAGCGGAGUGGAGUGGCUAGUAGGCAAUAGCCCGACCCUCGCAGAUAUCUUUGUAGCAAUCGUAUUGAGCAGGGGUUUGCAGUGGGUACUGGGCAAAGAGUGGAGAGACGCACAUCCUGUAGCUAUGGCACAUUUCGAGAGGGUGAAGAACUGGAAGGCGGUGGCUCAGGUAAUUCCGGAUUUCAAGCUGGUUGAGGUCGAGUCGCCAAAUGUACAGCCAGAAAAAGUAAUUUGAGGCGUUCAAGGAGCAAAAAGUCGUCAUGGCUGCUAUAUACGUAUAGGGCUCGAUAUCGACCAGCAAUACAAUGGCAUUUGCUAGGCAGUUGAACAAUGUAACGAGACGGCUCUGCCGAUGAUCCUAAUACUAAGUUUCGCCGUUUUGUAGUAUUGAUCGUAGGAC